AUGGCUCGCCCAAUCGAUUAUGUGAAGGAGAUCAAUGAGUCGAAGGAUUUGUGGAAGAUUGCAGUUAGUUGUAAGCAUAUAUGGUCUGUAACAAGUUCUUCAAACAAAUAUAAUAUAGAGAUGGUUUUAGUUGAUUCGAAGGUGCAUGAUAUGAUUCAAGCGAUUGUCCCUACUUAUUUGGUUUCCAAAUUCAAGUCCGAACUUGCAGCUGGAACUUCUUAUAUCAUGCAGAAUUUCAAAAAAACAGAUCUUCCUGACAUUCCUGCUUAUUACCUUAACCUUCUUGGAUUGGAUGCCAUAGUUGAAGGAAGGUUUCAGUCUAAUGUUUUGGUUGAUAUCCUUGGAGGUAUUACUGAGAUUUCUCAAUCUCAAAUAAAUGGUGACAACAACAAGAACAUAAUUGUUUUUACAAUUGUUGAUACCAGUUUAUUUGCCUGUAUAGACAAAUUGAAUAAUAUGAACAUCCAAGAAGAUUCCAAUAUUGUGAUUGUAUUAGUCAAUGCAAGGGUUAAAGAGGCUCAAGGAGGUUAUCCUGUCAGUGUUUCCAACACGUGGAACGGAACGAAGUUGUUGAUUAAUGACCUUCGCUUUGAUGAAGUUAAGAAACAAAAAGAAAGUCUUGGAAAUGAUUUAUCACUAUUAUCAACGUCGAGUCUGCAAAGUGUGGCUCUAAAGGAUGGAAAGCUGCAGUGUUAUGCAAAACAUGUAAUCUCAGAGCCUGUGCCAAGGUAUAAGCUUGAAGUGUUGGUUGUUGACGGUAAUUCCAAGGCGAAGUUCAUCUUUUGGGACACCGAUUACGUGAAGUUAAUUGGAAAGUCUGCUCUUCAAAUGAAAAUGGAUUUGAUAGAGGCUGGUUAUUACGAUCCACUCGAAUUCCCUUACGAACUUGAUUCAAUACUGAAAAAGAAGUAUACGAUUAGAGCUGUAUUUCAGCCUAAGAAUUCCCGACUUUCUGUCAUAGGCUUCAAAACUGAUGAAGAUUACCGUAAGAAAAGUAAGGACAGUUUCAAAGGCGAGGAGCACACUUCAAAACUUGAAACACCUGAUCCUUUGUCCCAAGAUGAUAUAAUCAGUUGUUCUGAACCUGUAUCUGCAUCUGCAGAUUAUGAUCCUUCGAUUGGGAAUUUUGGGUUGACUCCGUCUAAGAGGUCUUCAACUGAUGUGGUGGAAGAUGUUGAAAGUGUCCAACAAUCCUCAACCAAGCUGAAGCCUAUGACAGAUGUUAAAAAGGAGAAAUAG